CCUAAGGGGGUUAUCGCUGGGAGUUUUUGCCCAGAACAAAACCAUGCCGAAAAAUCCAAACUGUAUUCUAAUUUUCAGUCAUCUUUGAUGAUAGUGGUCCUGACAGAAAUGUUUUUGCUUUCAUGCGAACACUGAAAUGUAAUGUCCUGUUUCUUAAUGUCAAAUGCAGGCUUGGAUUUAGAAACACGCAUUGCAUGUCUGAUUUAAAUGACAUGCUGAUAUUACAUCAAAUCUCCAUUGUCAGGAUAAUAAAAUACAGCAAUAACAUCAGGCUCAGCUAGACCCAGUUGAAAGUACAUUGGCUGUUAUUUGCAGCUUAUAAAUUAUGAAGAGAAAACCCCCUAAUCUUCUUCUGUUUGAUAUUUGACGGCCUGCAUAUGAUUUGGAGUCUCUCUUGUAGGUCUGAAUUAAUUUUUCAACUUGAGCCCACACAUCUGCCUCCAGUCCCACAGAUCGAACGCCCUCCGAGGGGAGAAGGAAGGUGUCGCGACCACUCGCAUAUUCAUCUGCCAAUCGGCGUCCCAGUGCGUGCAGUCAGAAGAAGGAAGCUGAAACUGUUUUUCUCAGUGGCGCUGGCACGCCGAAGAUCCACGUCCCGCUGAGGAGUCGCAAAUCACAGCUACGUCCCAGCAGGAGGACCAACUUCAGCUUGAACAAGGCCUUGUUUUGUUCAGCGCCUGUGAAAUGCAAUUAGAAACUCCCUCAGGGCCGACAGGGGCAGCAACUGAAUGAGACCUCCCCGCGGUCUUGGCAGGCCAUGGACUUUGAAGUCUUGUGCUAUCUCCCCCAGAGAGCCCAUCCCCGGUUCAGAGAGGACACCGCAUUAGCAACGGAAGAGUGCAGGGAGCUUUCAUCUGCCUCCUCCCACGGGGGUGUUGACGGUUCUAAUAAAUUAUGUGAUAUAUCUGUUGUGAUAAUAUCCCGUCUUGUGAUUUAUCAUCUCGCCAUGCCCUUUUCCUGCUGACAUUCACAGCCCUCCGUCUGAACUCUGCGAUUGGUUGAUCUCUCCAAGAAUUCCACAACACGGUGUGCAUGACAUUCACAUUUAUAUGACGCGUUUAUAAUAAGCUGUGACAGGUACAAAUGCAUCGACUGCAUUAGAUCACAUUAUCCUUCUCUCACCCUACAAAGAAGCGGGGUGGCAUACCAGCACAGCAGCUUUAAUUGGAGCCGAUGCCGUCACCCAAUGAGAGUGAGGUCUCAUUUCGGUGCGAGGUGGAACUGUCUCAUCAGCAUUCUUGACCCGUCGCCUGUCCCCUCUGGUUAUUCCAGGCCUGUAAUUAAGAGGAUGGCCAUAAUCACUAGACUGUCUAUAGGUACGUGUUGAGCAGAGAGGAGGAGAGUGUUUUAAUUGUUCUGCUGCCGGGGUGCCGCUGUCAGGGCUGAGGAGGGAGGUGUGGGAGGCGGUGGGAGUGUCCGUUGAGGGAGGGAUCACAGGAAUGCACGGUUCGCUACUGAGGAAGCAUUCUUGAGCCGGACACGCUCUGGAAAAGGAUCUCCUGCAUGAUCACAAACCUGCUUCGGGUGGAUUUGCGCUUAAUCUGUUGGUGGUGAAGGAGCUCAAAGUCUCAUGUUUACCCUGUUUGGAGGAUUUUACCGGAUAUAGAUUCAGUCUCUGGAAAGGAUUGGUUCGGGAUGGACAUGUUCAACAACAUCAUACGUGCUCUGAUAUUUAAAGGGUAGAAACAAACACUUUGUCAGAGCUUCUAGAUUUUGGUGGGACCUAUCUUUUUCAUUUAUACAUGCAACAGAGCAACUUUUUAAACACUCUUACUGUACUCUGAAAAGCAUUGGAUAGUGGAAAAAAAACAUUUUUGGCAGUAUUUUGGAUUACACUGAGAAGAACCAGAGAUUUUAUCAUCUUUGUCUCAUCUUUUCAUUGGCAUUUUGGGUUGCUCUGACAAACAGAGACAUUUCCUCCUCCAAAUGAAGGUCUUGCUGAUGUUGCUAAUACCACAAAUGCGUGACCAGAAAACAGAGGGCAGGAUGCCACAAGGAGAUAUUUAAGAACCUCUAGAAAGACUGAAGGAAAACAUCUUUCACCUUCCAAAGCCGAUAUACAAACUCUUGUGCACUUUGAGUGCAUCAGCACAAGUUAAAGAAGAGCGUUGUAAUCAUCCUGUUCUCCAAACACCUCAACAUGUUUGCCCCAACGACAGCCCUGCCUCCUCCUCCACCCCUCUUAACAGGAAGCACUCUACCAGUGCCCAGGUCACCAUCCACAGGUCCCUACACAGAUCACGACCUACUGCGGCAGGAGUUAAACUCUCGGUUCCUGGCCUCCCAGACUGUAGAUCGAGGAGGAGCACUAGCUCCCCAGGCGUACCUGCGCACAGAGUUCCACCAGCACCAGCACACACACCAACACACACAUCAGCACACCUUCACUCCGUUCCCCCAUUCCAUCAUGCCCAGCCCAGCAGCACCACUGGUGCGUACCCCUGCCAGACAAUUUGACAAAUACCCCGCUAAAGUGGACACUUUUAAUCGACACAGUUUGGUCCCGUCCUAUCCAUCAGUAAUGACUGGAAUACCUCCUAUGGUUCCACCUGCUGGACCAUUCAGCUCUCUCCAGGGAGCUUUUCAACCCAAGGCUUCCAACCCACUAGAUGUGGUGUCAAGACCAGGAUCAGUGCCACACCAACUUUUACAGAAGGACUCCAGACUUCUUGACCCCAUGUGUCCUAAACCAAAGAAACCUGGGAAGUGGUGUGCAAUGCAUGUUCACAUUGCAUGGCAGGUUUACCAUCAUCAGCAAAAAAUUAAGAAGCAGAUGCAGAUUGAGCCACAUAAAUUAGACUUUGGGUUUAAGCCUGAGUUUCUGAAUCGAUCGUCUGGCUUGAGCUUCAUGGGAUUGCAGCCACGUGAUUUACCCCGCCCCUCCACCGUCCUCUCUAAUGCAGGUCCCACACACCCUUCAGUUUCGCCCUAUGGAUCCUUACCGCAUACCCCAAACAAUCUCCACAGUCUAGUCCCCCAUCAUGAGUCUCUUAAUAAGCCACUCACCUUUGGAGGCCUAAGUACGCUGAGUUCAUCUGCCUUUGGAGGACUUGGAAACCCAUCAAUAACACCAAAUGCAACACAAGGUACUAAAGAUGGUAAAACUGUGCCAACUUCAAGUGGAGCUCUGGAGCCCUGGAACAGACUGCACCAGACUCCCUCAUCCUUCCCUACGCCGCCUCUGUGUCCAAGGCCUUCUGAACCAGAGAGAGCUCCCUCCGUACCAGACAGAGCAGCGAUUAAAAAAGACUCCAUAAUCAACAAAGAUGAUCAGGAAAGGGAGCCAAAAGAGAAAUCAAAUGGAAGGAAUUUGUCCCCCAUCAGAAACAGUGCACUUGACAACAAACCAUCAACAGAGUCCUUCAAAGGUUCCUCUCCAGAUGAGUCCAAGGACGAGGAGGGGGCAAAAGAGAAAACACAAGCCCAAGAGCUCCCGCAACAGACCCGAGAAACCGAGGAGCAGAAACACAAAGAGAUCCGGAGUGACAAAAGAGAAGAGGAUGUGAAGAGUGAGCAGCAGUCCGCUGAGGACAAGCAAGCAGGAAAGGAGAGUUCAUCACCCAAGCAACAGAGAGAGGAUCUCAAGCGGUCAAACGGUGAUAGCCAACCCUGGGAGCCAGCUGAGAAGAAAAUUAGAGUUGAGUAUGAACCCCAUGCCAAGAGCAGCAAGGUGAGGGUCAAGGAGGAGAAGAGAGACGACCAGGACCACGAGGUUACAACUCACCAGAAGGUCUUGGAAAAACCAUGGCAGGGUCCCAGAGCCCCUGCGAUAAACCUUUCACCUCUUUCUACUCAUCCUUUGCCUAUAGGAAUCCCAGCUGGCCACCCUGGUCUCGACAGGGCUAGGCUGAUCUCACCUUUUCUUGGAAUGAGUCCAUUACCUGGAGCCGAAAGGCUGCCUUACUCGCCUCAGCAUUGGGAGUCUAUGCGGAAUGUUUACCGGGGGUUAGACCUUCCUCGUAGAGACUCUUUGGGCAAGGACCUCUUAAUGAGAAACGACCCCCUCCAGCGCACCAUGAUGGGGCACCCUGCUUACCCACGAGAGCCGUUUCUGCAGUCCAUGGCCCUAGAGCAAAGGAGUCAGCUGGAGGAGCGUCAGCGCCUGGCCCUACUGAGAGAGGAGAGCGAGCGGGGUCGCCUACUGGCCAUGCACCAUGCCGCACUGGACCCUCACUUACCGCCUCCAGGACUCCUCACAGCAGCUUACCCCAGCACAGGGCUCCCACAUUACAGCUCACUCAGUAGGACUCUCCCUGCUGCAUAUGUACACACCCAACCACAUCCACUUUUCCCAAUGCUGCUGACAAGACCAGGGUCUCCGAGACGGAUGACCCCUCUUAUGGACAGACCUGUUUCACAUCCACACAGAGACACUGAAACUCGGUGAGCUGUACUGUAUCAGGAACCGACAGACUCAUGUAUAUCAAGCACUUCAUGUGAAAAUGUGUAGUCAUGGAUUGUACAGUGGUGAAAAUUAUGAAAUGAUUUUUUUUUUUUUGUCCAAGAAAAUAUUAAAAUGAUUUUUCUGAGAAAAAUGGUUUUAUUCUUUUUGAAUGUUGACAACAUAUUUAAAACUAAAGGGCUUUAAAAAAAAAAAAAAAAAAAAAAACUAUUUACAACUAUAACAAGGCAACAAUGGAACAAAAAUACAGCACAAUAU